AUGGCUUCAAGUGUGAAGAAGGUGUCGUCAGCUGCUGGUGGUGGUGGUGGUGGUGGUGGUGCCAGUGGUGGCGCCAUAAACAAUAAGAAAACAAAUGGCAACGGUGGUAACGGCCCUAUACGCCGCUCGCCAACUGCUGAGCAACCGUCUAAUGGCGCACAACAGCCCGCCAACGCUGCCGCCGCUGGCAAAGGUAAAUCACCGGGCUCUGCGUCGGGCGGUAAAGAGAAAUCGGCAUUACUUACCAGCAAAUGUAUAUUGAGGACGAUCACCGCAUUCUUGGCGAGCAACAAACGCAACUCCUACAAUGCGCAGUUACGCGCCAAACAGAUGAGUCGGCGACGUCGUCAGCGCAAGAUGGACGAGUUGAGCGGUAAAAUUAAUCCCAAAAUGUUGGAGCAAUUGCGUAAAAAAACGAAAUUUACCAAAGAUGAAUUGGAUGCUUUGUGUCGUAUUUACCGCAAACUAAUUUCAAAUUGUCAAUACGCCGCUAAAACCUUAGCCACUGGCAGCUCCAGUGCAGCAAUAGUGAAGCCACAUGCCGCAGUAGAGGGCAUCGAUCGCAUUGUCUUCCGCGAACUACUCCACAGCACCUUCGAUAUAGUUACCGAGGAAAUACUUAUGGAACGCAUAUUUUGUUGUUGGGAUCGCGCACACGAAGGGCUGCCCUUGCGCUUGGAAGGUUGGCUGACGGGUUUGUCGAUAUUCCUACGUGGCUCUCUGGCGGAGCGCGCAAACUUUUGCUUUCGCGUUUACGAUUUGAAUAGCGACGGUUUCAUAACGAAAGAUGAAAUGUUUACGCUUUUGCGUAAUUGUCUGAUCAAACAGCCACAGGAUGAAGAUCCCGAUGAGGGUGUUAAGGAUUUGGUGGAGAUUGUGUUGAAGAAAUUCGAUUUGGAUAAGGAUGGCAAGGUUUCAAUCGAGGACUUCAUGGGCACUAUUGACAUUGAGCCAUUGCUCUUGCAAGCUUUUGGGCAAUGUCUACCAUCCGAAACGGCAACUGUUUCGUUUUUUUCCACUUUACAAAUUUAAGAAAAAAAUAUUAUGAAGUAAAAUGCACCAAGA